AUGGGAUAUCUAUUUUUUUUUUUUUUUUUUAAUAUAUUAUUUUUAGAUAUCGACGUCUGGUUGUGUGCGCAUUUUAGAGCCAAGAAAGGAGUGAUGGAGUUUUUAUGCUGUCAGGCGGAAAUUGGCAAAUUGAUUCGGGAGAAAACGGAAGAAUUAAAUGAUAUCGGGGCGGCAUUGGCGUUUGUUCAUCACCACGUUCUUAGUAUGAUGCAUAAAUCCGAGACUGGACUAUCAAUGCCUGAUGUGUUCCCUUCAUGUGCUCUACAAAGUGCCUCUGGCAAAUUGUGUCGUUGUAGGGGCAUGAUUCAGGAGGUGGAGCCAAACAUCUCUUUUUAUCGUGCGUCGCGUUCAGACUUUUUUGGUGCUGCUGAAGAAGAAAAUAUGGCGUUGCUAGAAGCCACCCUUCUGUACGUGAUUCCCGUGCCUGGUAAUUCCCACUUCUACCGUGUGCCACAAGAGACGAUGAGUGAGGAACGGGCUGCCAUGCAUAACGUGCCAGCUGUUGGACAGGUUUUUGGUGAUCGCAAACGUCGGGAGCGGUCGGAUGGUCCGUUGCAAAGUUCUGCUUUGGAACGUGAAAUGAAACAGUUUCGUCAGGAGGUGGUCUUCCAAUCAGAUGGGGCCUCUCAACCGAUGCGGCAGUUGUCACUCUAUCAGAAACUUAAUCUUCCGCACCCACCCCUUAGCGGAUUCCUUCAUACAGCGUGUGUUGUGACUGUUAUUCAACACCCCGCCGUAGAGAGGGACCGGCUACGAAUCAACGAUGUGGUGGAUUUUUUUGGGUUUCUUGACGAGGAUUCAGCAAUGACGGGCGAUCGGAUGGCGGCGUGCCCAUUGGACGAGUUUGGGGCUUUUGCCUCUUGGCAUGCAGAGCAAAUUCCACCAUCAUUAUUGUCACGAAUGACUUGCAUCUCAUGGAAGAAAGUUUUUUCCACUCCAAUUUGCCCAGUACCAACAAACUACUUUGAAACCAAGCGUCCACUGGUUUUGCUUUAUCUGGCGAACACAAUUUGCCAAGGAGAUGCAUUACUUGCUGAAUACAUCCUUUUGCACCUCAGCGCCCGUGUUAUUACGCACGAGAGCGCCACACCUGUUGGUGAUAUUCCUCUGCGUGUAGAAGCGCAGGCCAUUGACCCCGAGAUGUGGUCAUCCUUUAUGCGAAGUAUUUCACCAGUAGGUGAAGUGCUGCUUGACGCAUCGUUGUUGUCAAGUGUAGAUCUCCGCAUUGUGCCCCGACAAGAUCACAUGGCGAAUGUGCUUCGCACCGGUGUUCUACAGUUAGCCAAUGGGACGCACGUCACCUUAGAUUGCCAAGCCGUUUCCAAGGCAAGCAAUGCGUUGCAUGAGGCUCUUUUUGCCGUGAUGCAUAAACAGGUUCUCCCACUUGAAUAUCCCUAUCAGCUACAUGAACUGCCAAUCGACCUUAGCUUUCUUGCUCUUUCCACCGCGAGGAUUUCAGAGGAAAUGGAACUUCUUCGACUUGCUGUAUCAGUGCGAUGGCAGCCGGAGCUUCCGAUGGCUGCAAUGGACCUCACAAAUCUUUCUGCUGAGGAUGUGCAGGAUUAUUUUUCGCAUGUGCGAUGCGUCUGUCGAAGGUUUGUCAGUGAGGACAACUCCCAAGCGCAUCGAUUGGCUGAAAAGUUGGUUUGCUUUUCGCAUUCAGAACCCUCAUGGAAUAAUCACGAUCCCUUUAUUCAUAACAACUCCUUUUCUAUGGCCGCCGCACUGAUGCGGGCUUGCGCAGCGAGUUUCGGUCGCGAAACGAUUUCCGAUGGCGAUAUCGAUCACAUUCUUCUUCUUGAAAGGGACCGGGUGGCACGUCGCUGUUAA